UUUUUCCCCAAUCUGGUGUCUUGGACAGGACAAUUCAGAGUGAUAGGACCAGGAUAUCCCAUCCGGGCUUUAGUUAGGGAUGAAGCAGAGCUGCUGUGCCGCAUCUCUCCUGGGAAAAAUGCCACGGGCAUGGAGGUCGGUUGGUACCGUUCUCCCUUCUCAAGAGUGGUUCACCUCUACCGAAAUGGCAAGGACCAAGAUGCAGAGCAAGCACCUGAAUACCGGGAACGCACAGAGCUUCUGAAAGAGACUAUCAGUGAAGGAAAGGUUACCCAUAGGAUUCAGAACGUGAGAUUUUCAGAUGAAGGAGGAUACACCUGCUUCUUCAGAGACCACUCUUACCAAGAAGAGGCAGCAAUGGAGUUGAAAGUGGACGAUCCCUUCUAUUGGAUCAACCCCGGUGUGGUGACUCUCAUUGCACUUGUGCCUAUGAUCCUCCUGCAGGUCUCUGUAGGCCUUCGAUUCCUCUUCCUGCAGCACAGACUGAGAGGAAAACUUCGUGCAGAUGUAGAAAAUCUCCAUCGGACUUUUGGACAGUUUCUUCAAGAGCUAAGAAACCCCUUUUGA